AAUUUUAAUUCAUUCCUACGUCUCACGUAGGCCUAUUGAAAGCGUCUGGAAUAACGAGCACCAGACUUUCUCUCUCAAAAAAAUAAAAAAAAUAAAAAAAAAAUUAGAUUGAGGAUAAACAUAACGUGAAGAGUUCGGUGGAUAGUGGUAGGGCGUGGCGUUGCUAAAAAAAUUAUGGCAAGUCGCUCCAACUUUGAUAACGGCAAAAACCAGCAACGAGAUCGCAAUUAUACCCAUGACAAUGGACGUGAUGGACGAGAUGGCCGGGAUAACUAUCGUGAUAGCCGUGAUAAUAACCGAGAGAGCCGAGACAAUCGGGAUCGUGGCAAUCGCGAUCAGCGAGACCAACGAGACUUCAGGGACUUUCGUAAUCGCGAUCGCCAGCGCCAGGUGCCCACUGAUCCUCCCUUUAUCGCCUAUGUCGGCAAUCUCCCCAAGGGCCUUGUCCAGGGCGAUGUAAUGAAAAUCUUCUCGGACUUUGAGGUCAAGAAUGUCCGACUGAUCAAAGAUCGUGAGACAGAUGAAUUUAAGGGUUAUGGUUAUGUAGAGUUUGAGACAUUAGCCCAGCUAAAGCGGGCCCUGUCAUGUAAUGGUCGCAUUAAGUUGGACAAUUAUUCAGCGCCAUUGCGCAUUGAUAUAGCCGAUCAUCGUCGGCAGACGGGUGCAGGACCAAAUGGGGCAGGAUCUGGCGGUGGCAACGGUGUCUCAAAUAAUGGUGCCAGUGGUUAUUACCAGAGACGUAACUAUCGUCGCGAUGAUAGUGUUGGCUCGCAUCAGUAUCGUCGCAGAGACAACGAGCCCGUGCGCAAUUCGAAUGGUCAGCCAUUGUCAAAUAGUAGCCCCACCCAUAGCAGCAUCUCCCUGGGCAAUAAUGGAAAUCCUCGUGGCAAUUACAAUGGCAACCGUGGAGGGGGCAGUCAAAAUCGCAAUAACAACAACAAUGGCGAUGGUUAUCAACCCAAUGGAGGUCACCGCAUGCGCAACCAGAGCGCCAACAGCUCAGGGACAUCGCUGGAGGCUGCAUCCAAUCACGGCCUGGAAGGUAGUUCUUCCAAUACCAAUUUUCAGCGUCAUCGCAAUUUCAAUUUUAAUUGGUACAAUAACAACAACAACCACAACAACAAUUCUGGACCCGAUGGCCGACGUAAUUACAAUCAAAACAAUAAUAAUAAUGGGAACUAUUCGAAUUUUGUACAAAAUCGCAAUCGUGAUCGUCGCGGACAUUAUAAUCCCAAUAACAACGCCAACAACAACGGCAAUCACAAGUCCAGUAUAAAUAUUAACUCCGGCUAUGGCAGCGGAAGUUGCGAAAAGAGCGCCAGUCCAUCAUCUAGACACAAUUUGGGUCAUCCCGAUGAUGAUGAUCGACCCAAAUUAGUCCUAAAGCCACGCACAGUAACCGAUCCCAUCAAUGCCCUAGCCGAUACCAAGCAAGCAGCCAGCAUCUUCGGCAAAGCCAAACCUCGUGAUGAACGUGAAGUGUCGCCCCUAUCCUCGCCACAUGGAGAACAGGAACAAAUUGCUGUAGCUCAGGUACCGGAUGUUGUCAGCAGUGAUUAAAACCACCCAACCGAAACUAUCGUUUGACUGUACCGUUAUGAGAGCACGCCGUUUUAGCCGAAUAUUAUUUCAAAAGAACACAGAGAGAGACGCAAAUUCGAUUCCAAAAAACACAUACAUCAAAAAUGCGAAAGUUAUUUAGGCAGCAUUACCAUUUGAGCAUACAAGGGGACACACAACAACCAAAAAAGAAAGGCAUUUCAUUUAUUAUAAAAAGAUUUGGCAACAAUUAUUGACAAAAAGCUUGGGGAAACUAUAAUUUCAAUUGUGUGAUCUAUUUCAGAAAUGGUGAAUUUACUUAAUAAACACUAAAGGAAGUAUAAAAUUAAUUUGGAUUGUUGAAAAAUAAGUCAAAAAUAAAGGCUUAGUGUUGGUAUUUUCGUA